AUGGUUAUUCCAUGUGCUUCAACUGGCAUUGCAGCCACACUUCUAAAAGGAGGAAAAACUUAUCAUUCCCUGUUCAAACUUUCAAUACCAAUUGAUGAUGGAGCUAAAUCUAAUAUAAGAGGAAACUCUCAAGCUGCACGAGAACUGAUCUCUGCUAAACUGAUUAUAUGGGAUGAGGUGAGCAUGACGGUUGGGCAUGCCUUAACAGCAGUUGAUAAACUCUUCAAGGAUCUAAUGAAGAAUCCUAGACCAUUUGGAGGAAAAGUUAUUUUAUUUGCAGGAGAUUUCAGACAAAAUCUCCCAGUAGUACCUCAUGCACAUAAAGCAGCCAUAAUUGAGUCAACUGUCAAAUACAAUCCUAUAUGGAGAAAUGUAACUCAGGUUAAAUUACAGCAAAAUAUGAGAACUGCGGAUGAAAAGGAAUUUGCAAAUUGGCUAAUGCAAUUAGGAGAUGGUAAAUUGUCAAGUACAGAUGGAUUACAUCUUGAUACAAUUGAAAUCCCCCAGGAUUUUAUAUCAAAAGAAUCUAUUAUUACUGAGAUUUUUGGUGAUAGAAUCACCAUGGAACAGAUUAGAGAAAAUCCAGAUCGAGCGAUUCUUUGUCCUAAAAAUGAAGAUACUUUCAAAAUUAAUGACGAAAUCCUUCGUUUAAUGGAAAGAGAAGAAAAGGAAUAUCUAUCAAUUGACUCUAUUGUAAGUGAUGAUCCACAAGAGCAAUUGAAUUAUCCGACUGAGUUUUUAAAUUCUGUGACACCUUCUGGAAUGCCAGUUCAUCGACUUAAAAUAAAAGUCAGUGUUACAAUUAUCUUAUUAAGAAAUUUAAAUACUAAGAAAGGACUUUGCAAUGGCACAAGAUUUAUUGUCACAGAUUUGAAACAUAAUCUUAUUUAUGCGGAGGUUCUAACUGGUCCUGCUCGAGGCCAGAUUGUCUUCAUCCCAAAAAUCGAUUUCAUUACAAAUGACUCGGAAGUUCCAUUCAAGCUUAAACGGAGACAGUUUCCUAUUCGAGUAUCAUUUGCUAUGACAAUAAAUAAAUCUCAAGGACAAACUUUACAAAAAGUUGGGAUUUAUCUGCCACAUCCUGUAUUUGCUCAUGGUCAACUCUAUGUGGCAUUUUCUAGAGCAACCAAAAAGGAAAAUGUCAAAAUUAAGAUUGAUGAAACAAGCAAUCAAGGACAUCUCAUUGAAGAAAAUCCAGAAUCUUAUAUAAAAAAUAUC